UCUUUAUCUUGAAUGGAGUUUAGCUUGGUGUUUAGUCUGCGGUUGUUACACCUUGACGAGAACACUCAUGGCAGUCUUCAGUGUUGGAGGCCUUGUGCAAACAUGGGUUGUUGUUCUCGCCAUCUCAUACCCAGCUUACACACAAAAUCUUAAUCCUAAACUGGUGGUUCCCUCUGAUCCUGUGGUCACCUCCACUGGCCAUGACGUUCUCCUACCCUGUCACCUGUCUCCGGAGAAGAGCGCUGUUCCCAUGGAGAUCCGGUGGUUUAGAGAUAAAUACCUGGAGUUUGUGUUCCUGUACCAGGCUGGUAAGGAGGAACGUGGAAAGGGGUAUGAGGGCAGGGUGAGCCUGUUCCCCCAGGAGCUGCUGAGAGGCAACGUGUCCCUGCUGCUGAGAGAUGUCAAACUCAAUGAUGGAGGAGAAUAUAAGUGCCAUGUCAGCUUCAGCAGCUGGUAUGAGGAGCCCAUCGUUCGGCUAACAGUCAGGCAACCAGGGAGCAGUCCCAUGAUUGAGGUUUUCAAACACAACAGAGAUUCUGUCCAGAUGAGCUGCAGUUCCAAAGACUGGUAUCCAGAACCCUACAUGUUCUGGACAGACACCAGAGGCAGGAAGAUGGAGGCAGAGACAAAAAAGGUUAAACAGACUGGAGGAGGUGGAGUCUUCAGCAUAACCAGUUACACGAGUGUCAAUAAGUCGGAGACAGAAGGCGUGAGCUGUGUUGCAGGAGAGCGGAACCAGAAAAUCCAGUUUGAGUCUCUGCUCAAGUUCAGUGAUGAGUUCUUCAUGAGCACAGUGCCAGAUCGACUGUACAUCUCUGCUGUUAUCAUACCUCUUGCUGUGGGGCUGCUUUGUGUGAUUGUGGCCAUGUUAAUGGUGAACAACCAGAAGAAAGUUCGCCAGGAAAAACUUAAAGACUUUGACAAUGUCGUAGGACAGUUGAAGCAGUUGCGAGAAGAGCACAGCACACAGAAGAAGAUAAAUGAAGCUGUUAAAUUCAUCCCAGACUCAGUGUGGCGCUACAUCACAAAAUGUGCAGAUAAUGUGACUCUGGACCCAGACACAGCACACCCCAAACUCAGGGUCGAUGAAGAUGGGAAAUCUGUCUCAGGUGUGAACAAGAAUCUACCUGUUGAACCCAACAAGAAGAGGUUUGAAGACAAUCUAUGUGUCCUGGCUAAGGAGGGAUUCAUCUCUGGGAAACAUUACUGGCAGGUUGAGGUGCGAGACAAGACUGCCUGGUACAUCGGAGUUGGCAAAGAGGACAAGGACACGAAGGAAGUUUUCACCCCUGAGGAAGGAUACUGGAUUUUACUUUAUUCAUCACCUGACAAGUUCUGUGCUACCACUGCUCCAGAAACACACCUCCCUGUAGCCCUGACACCUCAGAAAGUGGGAGUGUUUGUGGACUAUGAGAGGGGUCACGUUUCCUUCUACAAUGUAGACGAGAGAAGUCAUAUCUACACUUUCAAUGGCAUAUUUCAGGAAAAGCUCUUUCCAUUCUUUGGAACACGUUUAACAUGUAAACACCCACUCGUAAUAUCUCCUGUGGAGUAAAUAAACACUCCAGGAUUGAGUGUGGUUUGUAUCAGGUAAUAUUCAGUAAUACCUGUUAUAGUACCAUGUUUUCUGCUUGUUUCCACAACAAAUGAGCUUAAUACUAUAGUGAAAAGAAAAAUAAAUCAAUUCAAUUCUCUGAUUUGUUGUCAAAAUAUAUGGAUACAGAUGUGAUCAGCAUAAAGUUGCAAAGAUUUUAAAUUGUAUAAAGU